CGCCGCCGCCUCCCGAUCCGAUCGUUCCCGCCCAUCGCCGCCGCCUCCCGAUCAGUUGCGACGAUGGGGCUGCUAACGCGUGAGUGUGUGAAUGAACUAAGGACAGCCCACGACCGCGUUGCUGGAGGGUUGGAUAAUCUUGAACGGUUUCUGCAAACAAUUAACAAGCUCGUGGAACAAUCUCGAAUGGCUUCAGAGUUGAUCACCGCGGCCGAAAACACAGUUAGGGAACACACCAGUCAGAAAGAGCAGCUUCAACAGAAGAUGCAAGACGAAGCUGUCCUGAAGGAGCAGCUGCAGAAGAAGAUCGAGGAGGGAGCUGCCUUGAAGGAGCAGCUGCAGACUCAGAUGCAAGAGAAUGCGUCUUUGAAGGAGAAGAUACAGAAGAAGGACCAAGAAAAUGCCAUCUUGAAGGAUCAAGUAAAAUCUUUGAAGGAGCAGAUGCAGAAGAAGGACCAAGGAAAUGCCAUCUUGAAGGAAAGUUAAAAAACAACCUUUUUUAAGAGAAAAAUGCCAUCAAGAAAAUGCCAUCUUGAAUGAGCUGAGGUGUUUAACCAGUAACAAUGAUGGCCCAAUAAUUUAAUUUGAGCCCGUAAAAUAAUUUUGAAGUAUACUUUCAAAUCCGAUUUCAUGGUUUCAAAGAUGACGGUGGGCUCUUGAACAUGGCUUUUAAGAAAUUGCCCUCGCUAAGUAUAUAGGCAAUUUAGAAAAAAAACAGUUCUUUCAAUUUUUAGUGCAUACGAUCGAUGCAUCAAAGCAUCAUUCUCAUCCUUAUUGCCAAAUGACAUCCACGG